UUUGUUUCUAUAAAAAUAAUUGAGUUUUACAUGGAGUCUUCUUAAUGAUUGUGUCUUCUACAAAAGCAUUUUGUAUAGAAGUAUCCGCUCAUGCAUAGCUUUAUCCCUAUAAACCCUACUUCCACCAACUUUUGCAAUGUAUUAUGUUUCGCGCGCUUUUUCUCGCGCAAUUAAUAUUUCUGCACUCAAAAAAUGUGACCAUCCCUCAUCAUUAGACAUCAUAAAGGGGUUUCUGUUCUUUAAUUCUCAUUGUGGGGUGCCUCAAGUUCUUGCAAAUCUAAUUAAAAAAAAUGGUCAAAGCUACUUUUUCUCAUGGCAAUUCGUCUUCAAUUCAAAGUCGUGAUUUCUUAGCUUCCAGCCCCGAUGUUCAGUUGUGUCUCGCUCACAAGUUUCAGUGCUAGCCAAUACGAUAAACAACGUUGAAGAACCCUGGGUAAUUUAAAAAAAAUGUGGUUCUAACUGAUGAUUUUCUAAUUUUUGCUGCUGGUAUCAGCUUACUUUAGCCCUCGUGCCACCCUCCGUAUAUAUAGGAAAAGAUUAUAUGUAAUGAUGGGCCUCCAUUACUGCGUUAGAUUUCCAGGGCUUGUUAGUUUUCUUGUACUGUUAAGGAUUCAUCUCAAUAGGAAAAACUUAAUAGCGCUUGGUAUUGCACAAAUAUUAUUAAACAUUAGAAACUUAUAAUCUAUGGAAUGUAGCUUGAGUGGCUUGAGAAAGUAUAACUUUCACAUAUGCAGUUGACAACAUCACAAUAUCAAGUGAUUUUUUUGCUGCGAAGAAGGAUAACUUACUCUUCUGAUUCAACUGGAUGGAUCUUCUUUCUUUUAUGCUCAACUUUAAUUUUGAUACCAUGAUAUUCCAACUUCCGUUCCAAGCUACUUUUUCUUUCAUAAAAAUGACGAAAGAAGUUCAGUUGCUUCUUUUUCUUCUUCUUUUCAUUUUCGUUACGUUGUUUCAUUUUUUGAUGCAUAGGGCACAGCGUAUUUCCAUCAUCUUUAGGUAAUUUGUGUCUCUUAUCUGUAAUGGCUGACGGAUAACUGAAGUCGAUAUGUGCGUACAAACCGUUUGGUGCCGCCAUUUUAUUUAUUUGCUGUUAUUUGACGUCUAAUUAAGUUGACGCAAGUGGUUAACAAUUUUUUUAAAUUCCUGACCAACUGAUACUUCACGACACGCAAAUUAGAUCUCAAACAGUUAGGAUGUUAGUUUAUUUAUUGAUUUUACAUUUUACUUCUUUUACCGUGUAAUUUGCGGAGAGUUAAUAGGUGCGGAAAUUAGUACGAAUAAGAGUCCAUAUUUAAUUCAAUGAAUAGCCCUGCUCGACAAAGCAACCACACACCCUUCUUCGAAUGAUAGUAUCUUCCAAGAAAAGGCGUUCAAUUUUUAAUUAUUGCGCAGAUGGGGCGCUUAUUUAGGAGUUUUUUAAAAACUCAAAUUAAUUUUUCUUUUUAUUUAAGUCGUGUGGCAAUGCUAUCCAUACUUUAACUUCUUUUUAUUAUACUUAAUAAAAGCUUUAAUCGAAUGAGCAUCCCUCCCAAAAGCGGUCUCAUUAAGUGUCAGGACACACAUCAAAUAAGGUAGUUCACUUUAAGUAAUAACGUAGUCCAGACCUUAAAAAAAACCCUAAAGAGAAGAAUACAGCAAAAAAAAAAACAGUUGCACAAGUUAACAACUAGUUAUACAAUUAUAAAAAAUAUUCUUAAAACAAUGGAAACAUAAGUGAGCAACAAACACACGUACAGAUACACAGAUCUUAGGUACAGAUCUUCAACCUUUUUCUGUAUGGUUAAAAGAAUGGCUGGCUGUCAUCAUUGAUAACUGCGCGACUUCGAAGUUUUCCAUGGUGUCCGUUGUAAAAAAUUUUAUUCAAGAAAAAUGUCUGUCUUGUACCUAUCCGUCUUAUAAACGACCUCUUUAUAGAGAUAAGAAUUGGGUCAUGAAAAAAAUCGAUUCUGAGGGCUGCAGUCCGUUUUAUACAGAUGUAAGCUAAUAUUAGCUUAUUCACAAAUGAAUCAAACACAAUGAAUUAAAAACCAAACACAAAAGUGCAUGUUUAAUAUUUAUAUAUUUCAAUUCUUUACAUUUUUACUUUUUAAUUCACUUUAUCUUAAUACAGUUUUCACUUUCAUUCAGUUUUUAACCUGUAUACGCCGUCUUUAAUCUGUCUUUUACGAAACAACAACCUCACGUUCAAAACAUGAAGGCUUUGUCUUAAUUAUUAGCUUUAAUAUGAUAAGAUGGAUGGUGGAAUUUGCUGAAGAUCUUGCAACGAAAAAAGAACAAUGACUGAAUUAAAGAUGGUUGGCGAUGAACAUAAUGCAUAAAAAACGAAUGAAAUAUAUCAAGAAAUACUACAGAUUUCUUAAUGAUAAAAUUCCAGUUUGUCCAACUUCCCAACGUCAGUAUGAAAGAAGCCUAUGUAAAGAAUGCGCUAACAAGAGGCAUAGAGGAAGCAGCGUGUUUUGAGUUAAAUAAUUAUCGAAAGAAUAUUCAGACUGCCGUAGAAGAGAAGUUCAAAUCCGAUGCCCGAGAUUAUAUGAGAGUAUAUAACCCGGUUAGCAAUCCACUACCAAGUCCGAUUUUAACGGAUACAAGCAUGGAAGAUGGUAAGAGCGCCAGAACCGAUAUUGAAAUUGAUGUUGAUAUUAAUCCCAUUGAUGCGUAUUACCAGGACGUGGCCUUUUAUUGUCUGCGAAGGAGAUCACCUCUUCGGCACUGGGCUAUUAGAAUCACGUUAUGGCCUAAUUUUGAAAGACUUACUAUGUUUAUAAUUUUGGUAAAUUGUGUUACACUUGGUUUAUAUGACCCUUAUGACGAAAAAUGCUUCUCAAGUAAAUGUCAAGUGCUGGAACAUUUAGAGACUUCGAUUUAUGCAUAUUUUGUUUUGGAGAUGUUAAUCAAGAUGUUAGCAUUUGGAAUAUUUGGCGAUAAAGGCUAUUUAGCAGAAAGUUGGAAUAAAUUAGAUCUUUUUAUAGUUGCUGCAGGGACUUUUGAAUUAGCUUAUGGAGAUGGUGAAUUUCUUAGCUCAGUUCGAGCCGUUAGGGUUCUACGUCCUCUAAGAGCCAUAAACAGAGUUCCAAGUAUUCGUAUCUUAGUUACUCUUUUAUUGGAUACACUACCAAUGCUUGGUAAUGUUUUUAUACUCUGUGUGCUCAUCCUCAUGGUUUUUUCAAUCAUUGGUGUUCAAUUAUGGCAAGGGGUUCUACGGGGCAGAUGUACCUUAGAUUUGCCAUACAAUGCAUCCACUUAUGUCAAAAAUAAUAAUUUAAAUUUAAGCACAUAUUACGUAGAAGAGGGUGCAGAUGAAUGGAGUUUAAUAUGUUCAACCCCAGGCAAUAAUGGCCAAGUGAGCUGUGGAUCACAAUUUAUACCUCCAUAUACUACAGAUGAUGGGCAUGACUGUUCUCUAGAUUUUAAUACUUUUAUAAAUAUUUCCUCAAAUUUUACUUCACGCAUACACUCCAAUACAACUGGUUGUGUAAACUGGAAUCAAUAUUAUACUAAAUGUAUGCCACACAAUUCAAAUCCCCACUUUGGUGCCAUUUCCUUUGAUAAUACUGGAAUUGCAUUUAUUGCAAUAUUUCAGUCAAUAACACUUGAAGGUUGGGCAGAUAUAAUGUAUUAUCUACAAGAUGCAUACAGUAAUUGGGUCUGGGUAUAUUUUGUUACACUCAUUGUGCUUGGCUCAUAUUUUCUCACAAAUUUAUGUCUUGUUGUGGUUGCAACUCAGUUCUCCGAAACCCGUCAAAGAGAGUCGGCACUUAUGGAAAUUGCGCGUAAAAAGGCAAGGUCCACCAGUAGUACAAUAUUUACACCAAGUGAUGGAGAGAACAAGGGUUGUUAUAAUCAAAUUUUGAGCAUGCUACAUCACUAUAUUAUGCGGGCAAGUCGUAGAGUCAAGCGUAGAAUGUUUGGUACUGAUGAGAAAAGAAUAUCAAGAAAAUCUAAAAGAAAAAGGGGAGAUGGUGAUGGUGGGUCUGUUCAAAUCCAUCAUCACCAUCACCAUCACAUUCAUCACCAUCACUUACAUCUUUGUCCUAAUUCAAAAAAUGUAGAAACUGCUGUGAAUAAUAAUGAUCAGACAACAGAUCUGGUAGCGCCAGAGAGAAAGGCAAUAAUGCCAGCUGCUCCGGCUAUUAGAAUUGAGGAUGUCUGUGACAAAGAGGUCUUGCAGCCUUUGCCGAACAUACCAAUAAGUACCACGGCGUUAAUAAUUCCUGACACAACUGUUGUCAUAUGUCAUUCUAGUUCAUUACCAAAUUCAUUAAAAACAGAGAGUCCUUUGACAACUGUAGCAUUAUUUCCUUCACUAUCAAAGCUUCACAUGUCAUCACACGAGAGUGUACACCAACCAACUAACUUAAAUCUAGGCGCUAGUCAUUGUAGUGUGGGGGAUGUAAAUUCUGGUGAGGCUGAACUAAGCAAAGAAGAACUUAACCGUUGUGAAAGAGCUGUGUGCUGCGAAUCAGAUGAUUAUAGUGAUGAGGAAGAGGAGGAAAUACAUGAGCCAUCUUGUCAAAGAAGAAGAAACAUUGUUAGAAUCUAUUGUGAAAAGAAUUUUUUCAAAGUGUUUAUCAUGGCAGCUAUAUUUUUUAAUACCGUUACGAUGGCCAUGGAGCAUUACAAACAGCCAGAAAAAAUGACAAUGGCAUUAGAUGUUUUCAACACAAUUUUCACAACAAUCUUCACCAUAGAAAUGUUCAUGAAACUCACUGGUUAUGGUUUUUAUGGUUAUAUAAAAGAUGCCUUUAAUGUCUUUGAUGGUGCUAUUGUCAUUAUAAGUAUUGUUGAAUUAGCUGGGAGUAAUCAAGGUGGAGUAUCGGUUCUACGUACAUUCCGGCUGAUGCGUAUAUUUAAAUUGGUUCGAUUUCUACCCACCUUACAAAAGCAAAUUCAAGUGAUGCUGGAAACAUUGGAUAGCGUGAUGACGUUUUUGGGCCUCCUCACUAUAUUUAUCUUUACUUCAUCAAUCUUGGGUAUGCAUUUGUUUGGAGGAAAAAUUAAAGAAGUAGAUGGAAAUGAACCUGUUAGACAUAAUUUCGAUAAUCUGAUGUGGUCAUUAAUAACAGUAUUUCAAGUUCUUACACAAGAAGACUGGAAUCAAGUUUUGUAUGAUGCAAUGCGAUCGACAACAAAGUGGGCUUCAGUCUACUUCAUACUGUUAAUGAUUAUCGGGAAUUAUAUCUUGUUUAAUUUACUUGUUGCUAUAUUGGUUGAAGGAUUCUCCACUGAAACAGAAGGGAUUUUAUCAUCACCACUGAAAUCACCUUUGAUCUUAUCUCGCAUUGUUUCACCAAACAGUUUUAAAGACCAAGACGAUGUAGAUGAGAUAACAAGAAAUGAAAAAGAAAAAGAAACGAGCCACAUGUCUACCAAAGUUCAAACACAAUCAUUACCAAACAUAAGUCAAAAUGGAUACAUUGAAAACAACAAUGAAAAUUCAAUGGAUACACUAGACCCCUUUCAAAAUACUCAACAAAAGUAUGGAGUGAUAUCUGCUUCCGAAUCAGCAAUCAACAGACAAGUCAAAUUCAGUGACACAGAAGAGGAAAAAAUUUUAGAGGAAAAAGAGGAAGAUUCAGAAAAAAAUUCUGAAGAAAUAGAGGAAAAACAACCGCCAGCUUGUUGUGGGUUUUGUUAUAAACGCAGAGAUUGGACCUUGUAUUUAGUAUCUCCAGAGAAUAAAUAUCGCCAACGUGUUCAAAGUUUAGUAGCAAAUGCUUGGUUUGAUAAUGUUGUUCUUUUUUUCAUUCUGUUGAAUUGCAUCAUAAUGGCGUUGGAAAGACCCAGUAUUGAACCUAACAGCACUGAACGUAAAAUUAUCGAUUAUUCAAAUCACGUGUUCACUGGAGUGUUUUUUAUUGAAAUGUGUAUCAAGAUUUUUGCUUGGGGAUUUUACUUUGGUGAGGACACGACCUAUUUAAAGAACAAUUGGAAUCGAAUUGAUUUUGUUCUUGUCAUCAUUUCAUUGGUGGAUUUAUUUGUCACUUACAUUGUGCAUUCGAAAAGUGGCGUGUUGGGAAUGUUGAAAGUGUUUCGUGCAUUCAGAACUUUGAGACCCUUAAGAGUAAUAAGUCGAGCUCCUGGUUUGAAAAUUGUUGUUGAAACAUUAAUUGCUUCAUUGGCACCUAUUGGUAACUUGGUCGUUGUCGCUUUGGUUUUCUUUGCUAUAUUUGGAAUACUGGGUGUACAGCUGUUCAAAGGCUCCUUCCACUUUUGCAGCGACGAACACAUGAAAAAUGGAACAGAGAUCAUGGACAAGACACAAUGCAUACAAAACGGAUCAUCUUGGACCAAUAAAAAAUAUAACUUUGAUAAUUUGAUACAGGCUUUAUUUGCGUUGUUUGUCUUUGCAACUAAAGAUGGCUGGGUUUCUUUGAUGUAUGAUGGUAUAGAUGCAGUUGGUAUUGAUAAGCAGCCAAAGAAGAAUCACAAUCCUUGGGCGUUCCUCUAUUUUGUGUCAUUCUUGCUGAUUGCUGGUUUUGUAGUGAUAAACAUGGUGGUAGGUGUGAUCAUAGACAAUUUUCAAAAAUGUCGAGUCAUGGUUGAAGAAGAAAUGAACGAGGCACAGCUAGAAGAAUUUCAUCAUCACAAUGACAGUUCAGAUACAACUUUAAAAAUGUGCGAAAAUACAUCAACAAUUCCCACGGUUCAUAAAAGUCGUCCUGUGUCCACGAUAUUGCGUUCCGGCAGUGUGACGUCAGUUAAAAAGAAAGUGACUAUACUUGUCGCCGGUGACAUCAAAACGUCAUCUAGUAAUAGAUCGUCCAAAGUGUUGAGGACUAAGCCUCAGUUUGACACCUCUGAUAUUCCUCGAGAUUUAGAUCACUAUUCGAAAGCAAGACGUGCAGUUUAUGAUCUAGUUUCUCAUUAUAAAUUUGAUCUCGCUAUUGCAGUUGUGAUUGGUUUGAAUGUUGUAUUUAUGGCGCUGGAGUUCUACCAAAUGCCGCAGAAACUGAUUUUCUUCUUGAGAAUUAUGAAUUACAUAUUUACUGGAAUCUUUAUACUGGAAGCCAUCAUGAAAAUUUAUGGACUGGGACCAAGACUCUUUUUUGCACAGCGGUGGAAUCAACUAGAUAUUGUUAUCGUGUUUCUAUCGAUAAUCGGAAUCGUGUUUGAAGAACUAAACUCCAGUUUACCGAUAAAUCCAACGAUCAUUCGUAUUAUGCGAGUACUUCGAAUUGCACGUGUGUUAAAAAUCCUCAAGGCUGCCGAUGGUAUUCAAAGAUUACUGAACUGCGUUUCCCAAUCUCUACCACAGGUUGGAAAUUUGUCGAUGUUGUUUCUGCUGAUUUUUUUUAUCUUCUCUGCUCUUGGUAUUGAACUCUUCGGCGGACUGGAUUGCAAAAAUAAUGAGUGUGCUGGUUUGAGCAGACAUGCACAUUUUGACGAUUUCACUUACGCUUUAUUAACGUUGUUUCGUAUUUCAACCGGAGAUAAUUGGAGUGGAUUAUUAAAGGAUUGCAUCAACGAAGAUUUGUGUCCUGAAGGAUGUCCCAUAAUGCCUUACGUUGCGCCAAUAUAUUUCGCUGUCUUUGUGUUAGCCUCGCAGUUUGUGUUAGUAAAUGUUGUUGUGGCCGUACUUAUGAAACAACUUGAAGAUGCGAAGGAUACGCUGAUUUUGAGCCCUCCACCUAGGAGCGCCUCCAGAAACACUUGCCAAGAUAAAAGCGAAAAUAAAGACAACCACGGAGGAGAGAGUAAUAGAAUGUCUAUGGGCGAGACAGAGCCGUUAUUUGCUUCGUCGCAACACGAUGUCACGAGUGAGAAUUUGAGUAUGAUUGCCAACACGGGCGAAGAAGAUGGUAAUGAAAAUUACAUGGAAAUGGUGGAGAGAAAACCGAAGAGACAAUCACAUUACGAUAAUCUUUCGGUUACGGAAUUUACGCUUGCACAAACUCCCGAACACACUGGUGUGCUUUGUAAUGAUUUAUUAAAUAACUCUCCGAAUGAUGCUGAAGAGCCAAGGAAUAUUAAUUUGGAAGGAUAUAUAAGUGAUAACAACAAAAGCUGUACGUCGAGUAAAGAUAGUUUAAAUAUAACGAACGACAGUUUAAAAAGUAAAGAUGACAACGUGACGGAGUUAAGUAUGGAUCAAGAAGUUAGCGAGAAAGAACCUAAUGUAGAUAUACCUUUAAAUAAAAGUACAAAUAAUGAUGUGAGGGAUGUAAAAUGUUCUGAAGAAGGGAACCUUUCUUUUGAUAGAGACAACGAAAAUGUAGUAGAAGCAAAUGACGAUGCUGAUGAUGAGACACCGUUAUUAUGUGACAAUGAGGCAGAGCCUUGUGUUGAUAAACAGAGUAGGAACGACGCACAACUCAGCAAAAACGUUCGACCACGUUCUAUGAGCAAAACAUGUGAUCCUGAUAGGACUACAGUUGUAUAAAAUAAAUUUAUCUAAAGUUUUAAUAAAUAGUAGAAGUAACGCAUCCUCUUACGCAGGGUCUUUUGGCCCCUGAGCGAAAAUGACAAAAUGCCCUGGGAACAAGGCUGGAAGUAACGUAAACUUUUUUGCGUACAAAUUCGACCAUGACAAGCAUUAGCUUUGCGCAAUAGCAAACAAAUUACGCCAGUUUAAAUUUGUCACGGUUAUAGUUGUAAAGGGCUGGGUGGUUUGCCUGUUGCUAGGGGAGAAGUACUUAAAAUUCAAAUUUACCCUAAAAAUUAAACACCAUUCAAAAUAGCGGAUGCGUACAAAAAUCCUUUCUGUUGCAAUCUUUAUUCAAAUAUUUUAAAAAGUUCGAGAAGACAAAACAGUGUUACUACAAGUUAAUACGAAUUUCCUCUCUUAACUUUUACCAUCAACAUGACUACUUUUUUUCAUAGCUUUGUACAGUAUUUCGUCUUCUGUCAAUAUUUUUAACAAAUCGAUGUUUCUCGAUUUUUAUUUUGUUAAUUUAAUAUAGUUUAAUUUUCUAAAAAUACUUUUAGUGAAGCAAUAGAUGUACUAAUUUUUUUAAAGAAAAAAUAUUAUUUUUUGGAAUAAUUAUCUAGUAUUGUUGUAAGAAACCUUGGUUUGUGUUCAACCUGGGUGUAUAUUUUGCACAUGCCCGGAAAUUCUUUUUUGAAGUGUAUUACUGUCACAUCAUGUAUUACUGUUUUUAUUUUGCUACAACGGGAAAACAAAACAAGAAAAAGGCUGGUCAUGAGUUUCUUUUCCUGUCGUUUUUGAAGUAUGACAACAAUAAAGCAAAACUGGCGUUAAACGCACCGGUGUUGAUUGAUAGUACCCCAACCUCGUUGAUAGCGGCGAAAAGGUCACUCCGUUAAAACGGCUCAGGGUCCAAAAGAUCCCGGGGACGAGGUUGAUAGUACCUGGUAUCGGAUCUUUUAAAAACUACUAAAAACACGCGUUUCUGUAGGAACACAUGGUUGUUGUUUUGCAGAUAUAAACCCGUUAGCAACAAAGCUGUUGUCCAUCAAUUUGCGUCAUAAAAGCGUAAGGGUAAUUAGGGAAGUGCAAA